AUUCAGUGCUGCGCUAGAUCUUGAUCGGUUCGAAUCGGUUUGUUUUCCAGUGGUGAGGAGGACGUACAGUCGUGAGAGUGAAUUCAAUCUUCCGGGGAUUUGCCCUCGUCAUCAAAGAGCUCGAAAGCAGAAGGGCUUUUGAGGGCGUGACACCAAAAGGGAAAAGAUGCUCCCUUGAUUAAUCUAAAAUAAGAGUGAGCAAACAUUGAGUGAAUUUAGUUCAGGAAAAAUACUCUAACAGCGAAUCGAUUAACACGUUUAGCCAGUUCCUAAGAACGUGACCUACUUAAGAAAAGAAAAAAGAUGAUGAAGAUUAACGGUAAAUACCUGUGCGUGAUAUCGUUGGUGAUAUUUUCGAUUAGUGGCAGUGCUUAUACGACGCAGCGAUCGAACCUGAGGGAUGAUGAGGGCAGCCCGUUCCUGGAUAUGGCCUCGGAAUUCCUGCAGUCGCUUGGAAAUCAAAAUGGAGGAGGCGGUGGUGGUGGUAGUGGUGGGGGCAAUGCGGCAGCUGGACUGUCCGGAAUCGCUUCCAUGCUGUUGCCAUUGAUGGCCAAUGCCAACGCCGGAGGAUCGGGGAAAUCGAACAACGAUGGUGUUGGAGCGAUACUUUCCGGGAUCGGGAGCCUGCUGGCCGGUGCCAAUGGUGGUAAUGCCGGUGGAGGUGGUGGAUUUGAUCCCGCUCUCAUUGGCAACGUGAUUCAGAUGUUUGCUGGAGCAAACGAGGAACAGCAACCGCAAAAACGAUCGAACAAACGCCAGAAGCGUCAGCAGAGGAGCGAUGAGGGCAACCCUCUUCUGGAUACGGUCCUGAACGUUGCUCAAACGUGGUUAGCCAGUCAGAACAGUGUAGAUCCUGAUGAGGAUCAGGGACCCCAACAUCCGGGAAUCAAUGGUGACACGAUUGCCAACCUGCUGCCUCUGGCCGUUCAGGCGUUCCAAUCGUUCUCCGGACCGGAAAUGGAGAAGACCCAAGAGAAACACAAGGAUCACUCGUGGGUUCUUCCGCCGUUCCUGGAGCACAUCCACGUCAUGUGGGAUCAGUUCACGCAGUCGGACCUGGCCGAAGCUCUCUGGGCCAAGACCGGUCUCGAUACGGUGUUCAAGGGAUUUGUGGGCCGCGAUGGAAAGCUGGACUACGACAGGCUGUUCGAUACGCUGCAGAAUCAGUCCUUCCGGAGGAGGUGGAUUAAGGCCGCUACCAUCUACCUGGCCGAAUGGGCCAACUACAUUGCCAACCCGGAGGUCUACCAGAGAUACGUCGCCACCGGACAGAUGAUGGUCAACGGUUUCCUCCAGUCACAGAACUAUCCCAAGCAGGCCCUGCUGGACAUCAACCGGCCCAGCGAAAGUAUCUCCAACCUGAUCGACCACAUCGCCAAGAAACACCUGCAGGUCAAGAUCACCUCGGUGACCUACGUCAAACCGGCCGUCAACUACGUGAAGGAUCUGCUGAAACUGGGCAAAGCCAAACAAUUCCUCCAGCAGUACAACGUCACCGAAAUGACUGACAAGCUGACCGAUACGUUCAACCUGGAGGUAAUUGAACCGGUGCUGAAAGUUCAUCGCGCUUACCGGCAAGCAAUCCAGACGCCCCACUGUGAUAAGUACAUUCUGUGCGAAAUCAAUUCGCAUGAUCCGAACGAAAAGCGUGCAUUGGGAGGCUUCAAACAGGGCGUGACCCGGUUCGGCAGUAUGGCAGCCUCUUGGUUCAUCAGUCAGGAAACCGGAACGCCUUUCUGGACGCUGUUUGCCAUCAUCAACGAUCCGCACAACUGUCAGGUUAAGCAUCCGGUCGACUGCACGGAAUUCCACGAGAACGAACACAAGGUGACCACAGAGUAUCCGCACAAUGAGCUGUAGAAAAACGGAAGGGUAUUUUUUCAGAGUUGUUCAUAAAAAAAAAUGUGAUUGUUACAAGAAAAAGGCAGAAAAUCGGGCGAUCUCGCGGGAGUUGCAAGCAACGAUCGAACACGAAAAGUAAGAUAA